GCUGCCCUUCUUUCCCUCUCCCUCCCACUCCCUUACUACGCACUUGGCGCAGCGAGAUGCUCUUAUUGGCAAAAAUCAAGGGGAAGAGAUGCGAUUCGCUCGCGACAGGAAAGCCGACAACAGGGAUGCACCAUGUGCAGGGCGAAGGGGAGGAGGGGAAGGUGGAUUUGGAGAAAGAAGGAGGGGGAAGAGGAGGAGGUGGAGGCAAAGCCGCUCAGGUGGCUCGGCCGCCGCUCUCUCAUUCUCUCUCUCUCUCUCUCUCUGUCCCUUAGCCCCAGCUCAGUCGGCAGCCCCUCCGCCUUUGCCUUGGCGUUGCAGAAGCGUCCAGGUAAAAAAAAAAAGGGGGGGGGUGUUUUGCAUUGGUGCAAUGCCGCAGGCUGGUGGCGAGGCGCAGAUUGUACCAUUUCCUCGGGCUCCCCUCCUCGUGCACUGCGGCGGAGGCUGCCCCCCCUCCUUUUUUUCCCCUUCUUUUUUUCCUUUCCUUUUUUUUUUUUGUGUGUGUGUGUGUGUACACGGCAAAUAGCGGCCAGAUCAUAACAAGAUUAGGACAGCCCGGCGAAGCCCUGCAUGCCUGACCCGCCUGGUUGGAAAAGGCAAGCGGACGCCGACGCCGCCCCACCACCAUGUCGGUUGCCUUUGCUUCUGCACGCCCGAGAGGCAAAGGAGAGGUCACCCAGCAAACUAUCCAGAAGAUGUUGGAUGAAAAUCACCAUCUGAUACAGUGCAUCAUGGACUAUCAGAGCAAGGGCAAAACAGCAGAAUGUACUCAAUACCAACAAAUCUUACACAGAAAUCUGGUUUAUUUAGCCACUAUAGCAGACUCUAAUCAGAAUAUGCAGUCCUUGCUGCCUGCUCCACCAACACAAAACAUGAAUCUCGGCCCAGCUGGAAUGAGUCAGAGUGCCUCCAAUCAGUCUCUCCAUUCACAGAGCAACCUCAGUGAUGCAAUCAGCACGGGGCUUCCAACAUCGUCUCUCAUGCAGAGUCAGAUUAGCAAUGGUCCCAACCAUGUGUCUAUGCAGCAGUCAGGGCAGAGUACUAUGCCCACGACUUCCCUGAGCAUGACUCUCAGUAGCCAUGGAACUGGCCCCAGUUAUAGCCACACGGUGCCUGCAUCUCAGACCGUUGCCAUGCAAGGCCAGGGAUCGAUCGGCAACUACGUCUCGCGAGCAAAUCUCAGCAUGCAGUCCAACCCAGUUUCCAUGAUUCACCAGCAAGCAGCAACAUCCCAUUACAACUCUCCGCAAGCGGGAACCCAACAUUACCAAGGGCAGUCUUCCAUUGCCAUGAUGAGCCAGAGUAAUCAAGGGAACAGCCUCAUGGGGCAGCGGCCAAUGGGCUCUUACCGAGCUUCACAGCAAGGUUCUUCUCAGCAGUACAUGGGUCAGGAGGAAUAUUACAGUGAGCAAUACAGUCAUGGACAAGGAUCCUCAGAACCUAUGAACCAGCAAUAUUAUCCUGAUGGCCACGGUGAUUAUGCGUAUCAGCAGUCGUCUUAUUCUGAGCAAAGCUAUGAUCGAUCGUUUGAGGAUUCCACACAGCACUACUACGAAGGAGGGAAUUCCCAAUACAGCCAACAACAAGCCGGAUACCAGCAAGGAGCUGCACAGCAGCAAACAUAUUCCCAACAGCAAUAUUCAAAUCAACAAAGUUAUCCAGGACAGCAACAAGGAUAUGGACCUGCCCAAGGAACUUCAUCACAGUAUUCUAGCUACCAACAAGGACAGGGCCAACAGUAUGGAAGCUACAGAGCUUCACAAACCGGACCAUCUGCGCAGCAACAGAGGUCUUAUGGCUAUGAACAGGGCCAGUAUGGAAACUAUCAGCAAUAAAAUGACAAGCACCUGUGUCAAAUUUGUUUCAAUAUUUAUGUCCAUUUUUUUGGAACUUGGAUGUAUGGGCAAGUCUUUUUUUUUUUUCCUUCUUUUUAAAUGAUUGAUGAUUGAUGGAUCGUAAGAUGUCAGAUACCGCUGUAGCACAAAGAAGCGUUUGUAUGUGAAAUAGUAUUCAUUUCAUGCUGGAUAUGAAACAGUGCAUUACAGUACUGGCAACAAGACGAUGUUUGAAUGAUCUGGUACGUUUUGGUGCUGCUGUUAAUAAUCCUUGCGGAGGUUCUUCCGUCACUUCUUCCCACUUCCUCUUAUGAUGUUCGAAACCCGUUUGAGAAACCAAGAGGUCAUACAGCUUUUGUCGACCUGAUUAUUAUUAUUUCACAAGAUUUCACAUCGACAACCUAGCAUCUUUCAGAUCAGAUGGACCGCCAAGCAGCUGGAAGAUGGUUGUGGGUCGUGGAACAAGCAUGUCACCGAAUAUGUAUCUUGCGUUCUGUCCACCCAACUGGUUUGGCAUCGGAAUAUCCCAACCCAGAUGUGUUUCAGUUAUCCUGGGUGCACAUCCUUUCAAAUGCAUUGGUCUCCUUUUAGAUUCUAUUCGGGCUGAAGGUUUUCUGAAAAGCAUUUAAUUGAGCUAGGAUCGAAACCACAGGUACUGAGUGGCGCAGUGGUUAGAGUGCAGUACUGCAGGCUAUUUCUGCUGAUCACCGGCUGCCGGCAGUUUGGCAGAUUGAAUCUCACCGGGCUCGAGGCUGACUCAGCCUUCCAUCCUUCCGAGAUUGGUAAAAUGAGGACCCCAGAUUGUUGGGGGCAAUAGACUGACUCUGUAAACCGCUUAGAGAGGGCUGUAAAGCGGUAUAUAAGUCUAAGUGCUAUUGCUAUUGCUAUUGCCACUGGGAUAUACAUUUGUGAUUUGCUCAAUACUCUGUUUGUGCGACAGUAAUUUUGCCUAUGACUAACUCAUCCUCCAUUUGUUAGAACCAUGAUGGCGAACCUAUGGCACGUAUGCCAGAGGUAGCAUGCAGAGCCCUCUCUGUGGGCAUGUGCGUCGUCGCCAGCUGCUCUUCUGGUUUCCAGAGCGCCUGAAAACGACCCCAAAAAUGUCCAGAAAACAGGCUGUUUUGUGGGCCGUUUUUCAGGCUGUUUUCGGUCCAUUUUUCGGGCUGUUUCAGACCAUUUCCCAGGCCGUUUUUAGCCUGAAAAACGGCAUGAAAAACGACCCAAAAAUGGGCAAAAAAACAGGCAUGUGCGCACUGGCCAGCUGGUCUUCAGGUUUCCAGCGCUCUGGUGCAUUCACAUGCACGUCCAUGCACACACGUUCCGGUUUGUGCACUCGGUGCCGAAAAGGUUCGCCAUCACUGUGUUAGAACAUAGAAAUAAUAGGGUUGAAAGGGACCUUGAGGUCUUCUAAUCCAGAGGUCUCUGACCUUGGCAACUUUAAGCCUGGCGGACUUCAACUCCCAGAAUUCCCCAGCCAGAGUUGAAGUCCGCCAGGCUUAAAGUUGCCAAGGUCGGAGACCCCUGUUCUAAUCCAACCACCUGCCUAAGCAGGAGACUGGAAAGCAUUCUGGAUAAAUUACAGGUAGUUCUUGACAUACGAUCGCAAUUUGAGCUCAAAAUAUCUGUUGCUAAGCGAGACAUUUCUUAAGGGAAUUUUGCACCAAUUUACGAACUUCCUUGCCGAAGUUGAUAAGUGAACCACUGCAGUUAGUGACAUGGUUGUUAAGUGAAUCUGGCUUCCCCGCUGACUUUGCUUGACCGAAGGUCGCAAAAGGGGAUCCCAUGACCCCCAGGACACUGCAACCGUCUUAAAUAUGAGUCAGUUUCCAAGCAUCCAAAAUUUGAUCAAUUGACCAUGGGGAUGCUGCAAUGGUCGUAAGUAUGAAAAACGGUCUUAACUCAGUUUUUUCCAGUGCUGCUGUAACUUUGCUCACUAAGUGAACUCUAGUAAGUCAAGGACUACCUGUAUUUGAUUAUUUGAUUGCUGCAUCUUAAAUUUACAUUGGAAGAGACCCGGAGCUGGGAUGUACGAUGGCCUUAUAGCGCCUAACAAAUCAAUACCAAGGAAACAUUUAUCUGCAGAAACAUUGGCAGAUGUUACAAGAAAUGUAUAUUGACCCGAAGGUGCUUUCUUUCAAAAGGCAACUCGACUUUCUUGUUUGGCUUGAAGACGUUUCACUUCUCAUCCAAGAAGCUUCCUCAGUUCUGACUGAAUGGUGGAGAAUGGAAGGAUUUAUGUUCCUUUCAUUCCCAAGCACUUUUAACCUGGGUGUAACACAGAAUCUCCAUAGACAGAUGUACAUUGAGCUUUUUAGCAAAAACUGUGAUUUUGGGGUUUGUUCCCCAGCAGAUUAAAAUUAUUGUGUAUUAAAAUACACAUUUAUCUUAUGUAUUUUCACCUUAGUUGACAAACCCCUCCCCUCAAAAAAACACCACCCACUGAUCUUUUUCUGCUAGUCAACAAUAUUACCAGGACGUUGUAUUUGCACUCUGGAAGGCCAAAAUGCAAUUAUUAUUAUUUUUUUAAACGCUCCUCAACUCAAGAUUCUUUGUUUAGCAGUCGGUGAACUGAGUCAUAAGUUGGUAUGUACAGAUUUGGCUUAACGUAAUUUGUAUGUUGUAUCCUCAGAAGAAUACAAAGCAGAUUUAACAAACUACGGUUGAAGAAUUCCAGAGUCGCCGUGUGGAGGAGAAGGGUGGCAUAAAAAAGUGAUAAAUAAAAUUCUGGCUUAGCAUUAUAAGUGAACACAGCCUGUGUUCAAGUGAAUAGGGACUGCUACUCUAGAGCAGGGAUGUCAAACUCAAGGCUGCACUGGAAACAGCGAAGGACCGGCCCGCAGUACUUCUGCCAUUGAAAAUGGAGCCCCAAGUCAUCACAGGUGCCCCCCCCGACCACGCCCUUCCCCCCCCCAGGUCAAACAUGAUGCAGCUCUCAAUGAAAUUGAGUUUGAAACUCAUGCUCUAGAGCAGAGGUAGGGAAUGAUGGCCCCUUUAUGACUUGGGACUUCAACUCGCAGAAUUCCUGAACCUCAGGAAUUCUGGGAGUUGAAGUCCACAAGUCUUAAAAGUUGCCAAGGUUGGAGACCCCUGUUCUAGAAGGACCCAACCAAUUUUCUGCAGUCUUAGUCUCUCGAAUUAACCAGCACAGUUUACAACAUACCAAAAACAGGCCACAUUUUACUCAAUCGGUAUGGAAGAAUCUAGCCGAUAAUAUUCUUCAAAGCCUUAUUUUCAAUAUCCUUUCGCUUACGUUUUUGAAUGUUUUUAGACUGCCCCAGAGAUUAACAGGGAGAAAAAUAAAUUUAAAAAAAUAAUAAUCUCUGAAAAGUAUAGAGAAGACAUCUCCACCCCACAAAAUCUCAACACUUACAGAUUCUCAUCUAUGGAUAAGAAUAUCAAUAGCAAAACUAUAUAGGUACUAAGUUAGUGGUUAUAUUAAAAAAAAGUAAAGGGUACGUGCAAAAUAAUGUUCUUGCCCAGUGUUAUAUUCUUUUCCUCUCCUUUCCAUCCAAAGGAGCUUGGAUAACAACCAAUUAAUUAGUUAACAAUUAAAGACAACCCUGGAUAUAUCUAGUGCUACAAAUAGGAAAGCAAAUAUUUUUAAAACUAUAACACCCUCCACGGCAUUUUAAGAGCUGGAAUAAUGUGUUCCUAAUUUUCUUUUCUUCCUUUAAAAAAAGUUUCCACUAGGACCAACUAAAACUCUCUAAUAUAUUCUGCUUUGUGAUACUGUUCCUCCCACUACAAUCUCUGUGUUGGCCUAGUUGCAGACAAUGCCUGCUAAAAGCUGUUGAAAAGAGCAAUUGAAUGUACUAACCUGCAGCUACUUCUGGCUCUUUGUGCUGAGGAAGGAAAUGAAAAUUGCGCCAUUAUUUUAGUCGAAACAAAACUAAAUCCCAUGAUGAAUUCAUGGACAACUCCUGGCUGUUUUCUUGGCAGUUAUAUGGGAUGGUCUGCAUUGUCUUCUUUCAGGAUGGUUUCAUCAACUUCCCAGCCUAGAUUGUCACCCUGGGUUUACCUGGUUGUCUCCCAUCCACGUACUACUCAAGCCCAAAUCUGCUUAGUUUGUUUUUUCAAGAUCAGCCAAGAUUUGAGUACUGUGAGAAGUUGGGAUCAAAAUAUAUUUUAUUCUUUGCACUGUUUCCAUCUUCCCUUAAAACAUGUACAGAAUCCACAAUGAACUGAGAAUCAGUGUCUCCACUAGAUAAGUGACAGUCAAGCUGAAACUAAGUUAAUCAAAUAAAAAUAGCAAAUGGGAGGGGGGAAAAUCUAACUUCCUCAAACCCCCCCCCAUAAGUUAGCCAGACCUAAUCCACAUAUCAAAGGUUAAGGUCUAUAAACACAAAGAGAGUUAAUUAAAUUAGGUAUCCCAGCGGAACUGCAUGUACACAAGAAUAAAUAUCAUAGAUGACAUACAUACACACAGAUGCCCUUCAAGGGUCACCCUAGAAUCAGCACGUAGACACUUCCACACCUAGGACAAGCCUCCCGCCCCCUCCAAUAAAACUCUACCCCAUUUCUCUUCAGCAGCCCCUAAAGGCAAAAUCUUUGCUUUUAGGAAUAAAUAUUUCUUCUUUCCUCACAGCUAUCUGGACUUAAUUUUUAUUUAUUUGUUUAUUUAUUUAUUUAUUUAUUCAAUCCCAACUAAAGUUGGAACCCCAAAUUAUUCUUCUGAGAGUAGGUGCCAUCGCCGAGGGGAGAUGGCUGGCUCAAUAACUAUGGACCAGUGUUUUUCAAAUGUGACUUUAAAAUGUAUGGACUUCAGCUCCCAGAAUUCCUCAGUCAGCCAUGCUGGCUAGGGAAUUCUGGGAGUUGAAGUCCAUAUACCUUGAAGUCAAAUUUGUGAAACACUGCUGUGCAUAAUGCUUCUUAAAUACCAUGAGAGGAUUAGUAGGAAAAUACCUGCUUUUAUGUUGGAAUUGUGGCUAUCCAAAAAGGUACAACCUACAUUGCUUUUUUUUUUUUUAACCAGCUUUGAUAUUUGUUUCUUCUAUGGAUAUUGUUUUUUUCUAGCAUUGUUGAAAACCACUUUGGGAAAAGCCACAGCAGCAUUUAAACUACCUGCAAACAGCAACAUAGCAUCUGUUGGAAAUGUCUUACAUUAAGAAUUUCUUGAAUGUUGUAUAUAAAUUGUAUUUGAAAAACGCGCUUUGGAAAUAGUUUGUACAUUAUUUCCUGAUUUAUACUUGAUAUUUAGUGUUAAUAUUUCUAACUGUUAAUAACAAGAUAACUUAAUGUGUGGUGAUUUUUAUGUAUUGAUGUGAAAACGAGGCAAUGCCAGCAUUUUAACAGUUUCAUUACUUGUACCAUAUUUUCUGUUUUGUAAUACAGAAUGUUAAAAUACACUUUAGGUUUAAAAGACUGGAUUGUGAAGCCAAGCCAUGGCACUUUUUCGUAUAACAGAAAGACUUUUAAAAGGACUGAUGUAAUCAUAUUUGAAGUCUGUCUUUGUUUUGUUUUUUUAAAUUGCAGAUUUAAUGAAAAUGAUACAUAAACUACGUUCUAUUUAUAAUUGGAAAUAUUUCAAGUAAAGAUCAUUGCAUGAGAAAAAAGCAUCAAUGUCACUUUUCAAGGUGUAAAAUUGUAAUGAUCAAAGUCAGGCUUCAACUAUUUCUCUUUUAAGCUGAAUAACUUUCAGAAGUGUUAUCUGGAGCAAAAAAGUGUGUAUUCCUAGAAUUUUCAACAUCUUUGCAGGGUGACAGAAUUACUAGUCAUAUUUUUGGGGAAAGAUAAGGUUCUUUAAAAUGGAGGUUUGACAGCUAUUUGGGAUGCUUUUAUCAGAUUCCUGCACUGAACCUGGGGUUGCACUUGAUCUAAAGCAGUUUUUUUUAAAAAAAAAACUUGGCAAUUUUAAGAUGUGUAAACUUCAAUUCUCAAAAUUCUCCAGAUUGUAUGCUGGCUGGGAGAUUCCAAGUAUUGAA